AUGUCGGUGCUGGCGUUCGUGUUCAUGUUCUCCAAGAUGUGGAAGCGCUGGCGGGAUUCGCCGGUGAUAAUCGCAAUGGACGAACGCCAACGCGCCGUGUGGGACAUACCCUUUCCCGCCAUCACCGUCUGCCCCAAAACCAAGAUGCGCGCCACGCUCUUCAACUUCUCACAAGCUUACGAUAGAGUCAAAAACGGACAAAGUGACCCGCACGAAUUAUCUGUUUUUGAAGAUUUAUCAUUGCUGUGCGACACAUCUAUAAUAGCAAAUGGCACAGAUUUCAGAAAUAUCUCAACUAUUCAAAGAAUAGAAGAGUUUCCAUCGCUUAAGAAAUUAUUUAAAUUAUCCACACGUGGAAUUGAAAUGGACUCUCGAUGGCGGUUCCUGCUUCACGCCCCGCACGAGUUCCCGCGCACUGCUGAAAAGGCUUUCCUGGCGCCCCUGGACAGCGUGAUGCAGGUGUCCGUGCUGCCGAGCGAGGUGCUGACGAGUCCAGACAUGAAGCGCUACACAGUUCAGCAGCGCCAGUGCUACUUCCCCGAGGAGCGGCGCCUCGCCUUCUUCCAGCACUACACGCAGAACAACUGCCAGGUGGAGUGCCUCGCAAAUGUCACGCUCAGCAUGUGCGAAUGCGUCGCCUAUUACAUGCCGCAGAUAAAGAAUGGAAAAAAUGGCGAGGUCUUUUGAUAUCAAUUUACUUUCGUGAAACUUAUUUUAUCGCCACUCGUAGAAUGGAAUUAUUUGACGUGUACGACUUAUUAGCCAACGCCGGCGGCCUGCUGGGCCUGUGCCUGGGCAUGAGCGUGCUCAGCCUGUUCGAGCUCUUCUACUGGCUGCUGGUGCGGCCGUGCGUCGUGCGGCGGCGCGUGGCGCCUCGAGG